AUGGACACAACCCCAGAAACACCGGAAGCUACUCCGUCCAUCUUCAAUUUCAUCCUCGGAUUCCUCAUCGUAGGCCUAGCCUGGGGCUUCACGACGCCCUUCAUCCGUCGCGCCGCCGUCCACCACAACCCACCCGCACACCCAAUUCUCCAGCGACCAUCGAUCAAAUCCAGCUGGCUCCGCACCAAAAUCUACAGCACCUUCUUCGGGGUCACGGACUUGUUGAGGAACUGGAGGUAUGCGCUGCCGCUCGUGAUAAACCUCACGGGAAGUAUAUGGUUUUUCCUGUUGAUCGGGAAAGCUGAAUUGAGCUUGAUGGUUCCAAUUGUCAAUACUUUGGCUUUUUUGUUUACGGUAUUGGGAGAGUGGUGGGUGGAGAGGAAGGUUAUUGGUCGAGACACUUGGAUAGGCAUGACUCUUUCACUUAUUGGAAUAGCCCUUUGCGUCCAGAGCAAAAAUGCAGCUGCCAAGAAUCCAUAG